AUGCACUACUCAAUGGCAAGUCGAUCAAACGAGGCAUUCACACGUCUCGAUCAAAUCCCAACGUUUGCCGAAAAGGCGAAUCUGAAGAAUCCGGAGAAAACAUCGACAAAAGUCUGCGUUUGGCAAGGUGACAUAACUCGUCUUCAGGUGGAUGCGAUCGUCAAUGCUGCGAACCAUUCACUUCUUGGAGGUGGAGGUGUUGACGGGGCCAUCCACCGGGCCGCAGGACGAGGUCUCUACGAGGAAUGUAAAACGUUGAACGGAUGCAAAACUGGUGAAGCAAAGAUAACGGCUGCGCACAAUAUCAAACACAUCAAAAAAAUCAUCCAUACGGUUGGACCUCAAGUACAUGGCUUAUUGAAUACAACACAUGAGGAUCAACUCAAAUCAUGCUAUUUACAGUCGUUAGCAUUGGCUGUUGAAAAUAAUUUACGAUCUAUUGCAUUUCCAUGCAUAUCAACUGGUAUCUAUGGCUAUCCCAACGAGCGUGCUUGCCCAACGGUGCUAAAUCUUAUCAAAUCGUGGUUGCUGGAGGACUCAAAUAUUGAUAAGAUGGAUCGUAUUGUGUUCUGUGUAUUUCUCGACGAUGAUGUUCAAAUCUAUACGAAGAAUCUGCCGAAAGUUUUUGGUGAAUCGACAUCCUGA